AUGCCAUUUAUAACUUUACCACGACGAAAACGCCGAAAGGGGUCUAAGCUAUCGAAAUCAACAAGAUCUUCCAAACGUUCUUGUCGUUCCCAACGUUCCAUCGAAAAACAAGAUGUUGAAAAUGAAAAUUAUCAAAGCCGAGGACUGGAUUACUGGUUCAAUGUCAUUUUGUGUCGAGGAGACUUGGUCAAUGACAAGUUCGAGGCAAAACCUGUGGGAUUUAUGGAUAUGGUAAGGCUUUGAUUACUCUGUAGUCUGGUUUCAAUCAACAUUAUUGGUGCAGCAUUAUAUAUUGAAGUUGGUAGUAGUAGGUUAUACGAAUAGAGAUAGUACUGCCUUUAGAUCAUAUUUACAGUACGGUAACUAGAGCUUUUAGAUAGUACUGUAUCUAGAUUAUAUAUAUAAUAAUGUAACUAGGUCUCGUAUAUUCUCUAUACAUUUUCAGUUUGUUCACUGUCGAUCCGAUGACAAGUUUAUGCUUGGAGUAGGCAUUAUAACGGCAGUAAUUGGAGGUAUAACAAAUCCGUUGGGCUUGUUUAUGGUUGGGAAGUUGGCUGAUGCUAUGCUUGUUUUUAAAACUGUAAGUUACUUUUUUAAUUUUGAACAUUUAGGUAUAAAAUGACAAAAUUAUCAGAUUGUUCAAAUAAUUCUGUGCUUACUCUCAAAGGAAAUUUUUGGGGUCAGGUGGCGCAGAAUUAUGUGAACAACCUAAUAUUAAGUUAUGUUACUGCUACGUAAUUGCUUUUUUGAAAAAUUAAAUUUUUAUAAAGAAGGGAGAUUCUUACGCGUAUUUUACAUUUCUAUUUUAAAAUAUGACGUUUUUCGUACAAAAAACAAAUUUUCAGACAUACGAUGCGGCUCAACUAUGGUCUACAUCAUUGUUUUAUAUUGAGCUUAGUUUGGCCACUGGCUUGUUACUAUUGUUGGUGUCUUAUACUCAAUGUUAUUGUUUCAAGAAGGUUAGUGUGAAUACGUGUGCAAUAUUGAAAGGACUCUACAUUCAUGGUAUUCUACGACAAGAUGCUUACUUUUUCGACAAACACAAGUUUGGCAGUUUGAGUAAUCAGCUGACUAAGUAAGGUUACUAUAUAUCACUAUUAGGCUUUUCAAAUAAUUCUGUGCCUUCUAAAUUUAAAAAUUCAUUUUAAGAGAGGGCACAGAAUUAGUUGAACAAAGUUGUAUAUAUAUAAAUGUAAUUAUAGUAACAUAAACAUGAUUGGAGAUGGCAUAGGUAACAAGUUUGGUCUACUGAUACGUGGUAUAUCAUCGUUUGUUACUAUCAUAGCUAUCUCAUUUUACUUUUCAUGGAAGAUUACAUUAACUAUGAUUGGUGGAGCUCCAGUAUCUUGUCUUAUUAUCUCUUUGAUGGCUAGGGUGAGUGACAGAACAGCUGUUAUUUUAUAUAUUGUUACAGUAAUAUAGAAGGCUUUGUAUUUUAUAAUUAUGCUAUUGUAGAUCAUCAACAAGUUUACCCUCUCCCAGAGCAUCCGUCUGGACCGUUCAGGUGCUCUCCUUCAAGAAGCUAUCAUGAAUGUUCGCACUGUACAAUCCUGUAAUGGCCAACCUCAACUGAUCCAAAAGUACCGUAAGCUACUGAGAUCAGCUCGUCACUAUGCUAUGAAAGGCUUCGUGGCUCACGGAUUGUUUGAUGGUAUCUUCUUCAUCAUCGUAUACCUGUUCUAUGCAAUCGGCAUCUAUGUUGGUGGAUUACUGUACUUUGAUCAGUUAGUGACAGCCGGUGAUGUUUUUGUAGUGACGUCCUUGAUGAUGACAGGAACCUACUUCUUGGGAUCGAUGAGUCCUCAUUUUAUGGCCGUUUUCAAGGCUAGAGUAGCUGUCGCAGUAUUGUACAAGAAGAUCAACAGAGUACCACAGAUUGAUUCGUAUAGUACUGAAGGGGCUACGUUACCACAUCCGAAGGGGAAGCUGGAGUUUAGAAAUGUAAAAUUUUCGUAUCCUGGAAGGAACAGGAAUACGGUACUGAAGGGAGUCAGCUGGGUGGUGCAGCCUGGAGAAACUGUUGCUAUUGUGGGGAAGAAUGGCUGUGGAAAGAGCACUUCUGUAAGUACUAUAAUGUGUUGUAGGAUAGAGUAGGGUAGAGUAUAGAGGAUUAUAACAGGACAAGAUAGAGUGGGUUAUGAUAGUGUAGGAUACAGUAGGGCUAGUAAAAAAUUUGUUAGUAUCACACUGUGAAUACUUUUCAGAUAAACCUCUUAACUCGUAUCUAUGACUGCACCGAAGGCCAAGUCUUAAUCGAUGACAAAGAUAUCAAAACCCUCAAAAUUCAUUCCCUCCGCAAAAACAUUGGCCUUGUACCCCAAGAACCGGUACUAUUUUCCGGCACCAUCGCUGACAACAUUCAACUUGGCAAUCCUCAUAUAAGCAAACAGAGGAUAGCAUGGGCGUGUCAAAUGGCCAACGCCCAUCACUUUAUCCGUGACAUGAGAAAAGGCUAUCUGACUGAAGUUGGACCAGGUGGAGUUGAUCUAUCUGUCGGCCAAAAGCAGAGAAUUGUCUUGGCCAGAGCUAUCGUCAACAACCCGAAGAUAUUGCUGAUGGAUGAAGCUACUUCAGCGUUGGAUUCAGAAGCAGAAGCUCAUGUUCAGAAAGGUCUUAAGAAUGCCGCCAAGAAUAGAACGACAAUCAUCAUUGCACAUCGGAUGACAACGUUAAAGGCGUCCAAGAAGAUUAUAGUCCUGGAUCAAGGUCGUGUGGCGGAUGUUGGGACUCACGAAAAGUUGAUAAAGAAGAAUGGGCUUUACAAGGAGAUGAUAGAGAGUCAGAGUUUUGGGGAAGACGAUAAUGGCAUGGAUGAUGAGGAAGAAGUGGAAGCAGAAGAAGAGUAUGAUCAAUAUUGGACCGACGAGAUUGAUGAGUUAUUUAGACAGACGGUUCACACGUUACAGGCUCCAAUGUUCAGGGAAAUGGUGAUGCAGAGUACGUUUAUAUUUUAA